AUGGUUGGGAGAAAAAAAGCUAAUUUACCUGUAUCCAAUGAAGAUUUUCAAAGUACUAAGAUAACUUCACCAAAGUUUGAUGAUACAAUUAAUUUUAUUGAAAGAAAAAAUACAUGUAAAAUAUUGUCAGAAUCGUCUACAAAUAUACUACAAUUACCAAUGGAAACACCAAUGAAUUCAACUGUCCGUUCAAUCAAUUCACCUAUGUCAGGUUCAACUGGGGGAACACCACCACGCCGAAGCAAAAUUUCCACAGAUGCUACACCCAAGCGUGUUGAUAAACAAUUGUUUUCAAAAUUCAAUGCUUUUGUCACACCAGCCCAAAUGGAUCCUUUUAGAAAUUCAAGUUUUAAGAUUGCACAAAAUCCAGACGAUACUAAUAUACAUGGACAAUUUCUGCAAAUUAAUAGAACUCUUGAGGAAGAUAUUAUAAAAAGUACAGUUAGAAGACGACCGAAUGUAAAAACAAUAGCUUAUAAUACUACAUAUGAAAGACCAACGGCUGGAGGAAGAGAACAAAUUCAGAUUCUAUCGGAAAGUACAAUAUUUAAACAACAAACCCUAAAAAUAAUUUCAAAAAUUAUUGCAGGAAUUCUUACUUUUACACUCAGAAGGUUUGACGCCAUUCAAAUAUUUGGAGAAAUUAUGUCAAUGGAUUACGAGGAUUCCAAUGGUGCAAUGGCACAUGAAAAGCUUAUCAUGGAGGAGGAACGUGUUCUUAAUACAUAUGAUUCUGCAACUGACUAUGCGUCAAACAGUAGCUCGUUUAACAUAUUUAAAGAUGUUAAAAAUUAUGUUAACAAUAUAAGAAUAAAAAUAAUUAAUGUUAUUCCAGAAGAAAAUACAAUUGAAUUUGAUUUAAUAAAUGUUGAAGCGCCAAUAGCUAAUACUUUAAGACGUGUUUUAUUGGCAGAAGUCCCAACAAUGGCCAUAGAAAAAGUAAUGUUAUAUCAAAAUACUUCUGUUAUUCAAGAUGAAGUUCUUUGUCAUAGAUUGGGGUUACUUCCUCUCAAAGCAGAUCCAAGGAAAUUUGAUUGGCCAGGCGUAAAAAUUGAAGGAAUUAAUGAAGAAGGUGUCGAUAUGGAAGAGGAACCUCCUGUUGAUCCUAAAAAACAUCUUGUUUUUGAUUUCCACGUUAAAUGUGUUGAAUCGAAAGUUAAAGUUCAAAGUGGUAGUAAAGUAUCUAAUUAUGAAAAUGAAGUUGUCAAAUCGAAUCAAAUAAUUUGGCAUCCUAUUGGUAAUCAGGCUGAGGAGUUUGGCGAUGAUCCACCAAGAAUGGUACAUGAUGAUGUGAUAGUGGCGAAACUUAAAGGUGGUCAAGAAAUAGAAGCAAAAUUACAUUGUGUAAAAGGUAUUGGACGUGAUCAUGCUAAAUUCUCACCUGUUGCAACGGCUUCAUACAGAUUGCUUCCAACAAUAACAUUAAAAGAAGAUGUAUAUGGAGAUGCUGCAAUUAAAUUUCAACAAUGUUUUAGUGAAGGCGUCGUUGAUGUAGUAGAUUCAGAACAUGGUCCUAAGGCUGUCGUUGUUAAUGCGCGUAAUGACCUUUGUUCAAGAAAUGUUUUAAGACAUGAAGAAUUUAAAGAUAUUGUUGAACUAGGAAGAAUUAAAAAUCAUUUUAUUUUUAGUGUAGAAUCCACAGGUGCUCUAAAAGCUGAGGAAUUGGUUAUUGAAGCUUGUAAAAUAAUUCAAUGGAAGGCUCAAGGCUUGAAAAGUUUAGUUCAAAUGAAGUUUAAAAAGUUGUAA